AUAAAUGCAAAUUAAGGAGUAGAGGCAACUCCAUCAAACUACCAACUCCAUGGCUUCUUCCCUGCUAUCUUUCUGUAGCUUGAACAAGCCCCUUUGCAGGCCUAAAGUACAGAAGUAUUCCCAAGUGAGAUCCCAGAGCUUCAUGGAUGAAGGGAAGUCUGCAAACAUUGUGGAUGCAAAUUUGAGAAUUCUGAGAGAGAGAAUAGAAGAAGUGAAGAAGAAAGAAAGGUUGAACACAUGCAGUCUCCAAAAUGGGUGGACCUAUCAAUCUGGGUAUGACCAUAAACACAAGAGAGAUCCCAUACUGUCCGAAUCCAUUCAGCUUAUAGGCACCGUCAGUGGUGCACUGGGACUUGUCUUCUUCAGUGGCUCUUUCCUCAUCUGCUUGGUUUCCAUCCUUGUUCAUUUGAGUUUAUUAUGAUGUGUACGAACUUAACAUUUCUCUAAUUAGCUCUUUGGUUCCUAUAUAUUAUCCUUGAUGUAAUGUCAUGGUGUCCAAAAGGGACAUUUGUAUGAAGAGAAAAUGAUCAGAAACAAAAGGUUUUCUGGUUUCUACCUAUCAGAAA